CAAACGUCUGUCAUAAUAACAGCAGCUCUUUUGCAAUUCUUCAUCCUACUUUUACGAAAUGGAGUCAUCCGAAGAACUGAUGAUACCAGUAACAAACCAUGAAUUACUCUUCAGUUACAUCGAAGACGCAUGCACAACGCUAUUCUUGAAAAAAAUGAUGAAGUGCAUACUGUGUGAGUGCAUUGAUCAACUGUUCAUACUGAGGUGCAUUACAGGAAGUUCUGUGGUGCAGUCUGAUGAUUCUCCCAGUUAUGUGAGCCUCGAAGAAAGAUACACCGGCACCGAAGACCAUGCUCAGACGAGGAUAAGCUCCGUAACCAGCAACUACGACAAGCUCGCCAAAGACAUCAACUUGAUCAUAGUGGUCCUAUCCGACGCGAGAUCGGAGAUCAACAUGGAGGAUACGUUCAAGAUUCUGAAAGACAGUUGCGUUGCCUUAAGGCGGAUGCAAGAAGACGAGGUGCAAUUGAUGAUCGAUGCAGAAUCAAACGAAAAGGCCGUUGUCGAGUUGACGAAUCUGCUAGAAGAAGAGAGAUUGGCUAACAUAAGAACGAUUGAAGAGACGCAGGCGAAAAUACAGAAGUUGAGGUUCGAGGUCGAAGACCUAGUAGUGUAUGGACGAUAUGAAAAGACAUACUUUGAGCGGUGGGAGUUAUCCAGAAAUGAACAAAAUAUAAUGAUGUGCGAUAAAAGAGAAAACUCUUAUAAAGAUACAAUAAAAGAAAUGGAGGACAACAUAGAGUUGGAAAAUCGAUGCCACAUGGAACUGAUGGCUUAUAUUGACAAAAACAGAAAUGAUUACAUGGAAGAAAUCCAAUACUGGAUGAAAAGUUACGACGAUGAAAUUGAUGCACGCGAUAACAAUACUGUUCGACUGAGAGCUGAUCUAGAAAAAAUCUCAGAAGAUUUGGUGAAGACUAGAAACCUUUAUGCAGAAAGAAAAGCUGCUAUUGCUGAUUGGUUGGAGUAUAAACGUAUUAAAAAAGAGAAAGAAGAUAGGGAAGCUCUUGAAAUUUGGGCUGCCAUCAAGAUACAGGCAUGGUGGAGGGGUAUUAUGUUCAGAAGGAAGUUGGGACCUUACAGAAAGAAAGGCAAGGGCAAGGGAAAAGACAAGAAAAAGAAGGGAAAGAACUAAAUUGAGGAAAUAUACGUCUCGGGUACCUAUUUUGUGUUUUUGGAAAUAGAG